AUGGCCGAGAAACGGGCUGAAGCCGCCGCUAUGAUACAGAGGGCACAUAACAAGGCUGCUGCUGAGGUCACAGGCCAGAAGCUGGGUGACAGCCAAAACAGCGAUCAUCGAGGUUAUAUCGGCGGUUCGAUCUCCCUAUCCGACAUCAUCCACUUCCGAUGCCGCGACUACCACUGCAAGUGCCGUACCGGUGUAAUGCAUCUCGGUCGAUUCUUGGCUCCUGUACACGAUCAGCGUACGGUUCGUAAGCACGCCGGCGAGCGUUGUCUUGUGUUUGUUAAGAUUCAGCGACUGGUCGAUAAAGCGGAUGUCCCAGGAGGUCUGCAAGCCGGGAACGAAGUCCUUGUCCGCGUGGAGGAUGAAAAUGUCGGACCCAGUCGAUAUAUACUCGCCUAUGGCAGUGCGAAUGGUCCCAACCCUCGCUCACCCGAAUAA